UUAAGAGAACAAUUAAAAACGAAAAGUGAAACGAAAUCGUCGCGCAGUUUAAACGAACAACAGGUUUUCUAAUUAUUUGCCGAUUUUUGAAUACGCGCAAAAACUUAAAAUGAAAUAUUUAGUAAUUUUAGCAUUAUUUUGCACCAUUGUAGCGGCAAAGGCACAAUUGAAUCUUGGUUUGGGUUUGGGUAUUGCGCGAGCGGGCCCACCGCCACCACAGUUUUUCCAAAAUGUCAUUCUUAAUGCAGAAGCGCAAAAAGUUCUUGCCACUCCCGGCCUACCCGCUGAUUUACAACAGCGUGUACAGGACACAUUGAGCAAUUCUGGAUUGGGAUUCGAUAAUUGCAGUACUGUGUCCACAUUGCCUUGGUUGCAAAUGCGUUGCGUCGCCUUACAACUAUCGAAGUCCAAAGCUGAGUUGAAGGCCAUCGAUGACGAAGCAAAAGCGAGAGCUCAGGCGGCCGCAACAGCGGAAGCAAGCGCACCAGCUGCAGCGGAUGUAAAAACUAGUUAAAAUUAAUAUUAGUAACCAUUUUGUUAAAAUAAUGCAAUUACCUUUGCUGUAGUAUUCCAAUUUGUUAAAUUUUUCCCAAAAAUAUUUCGCGACAUUGUAUCUUAUUCACACGAUUUUUACAAAUGAACUAAAUUGUCUAAUACAUGGUGUAUGUUAUGAAAAGAAUAAAAUUUUGAAAUAUUUACUUCCGCUUCCAUUUGAA